AGAAUCCCACCUCAAAGACAUGACCCUUGAAUCCUCAAUGCCCAAGUCAUAGAAAAAGGAAACAAUUAUGGCGAUGAACAUCAAUCUAUUCGUAAUAUUCAUAGUCUUCUUCUCUACCACCUUCUUCACAGCCCUUUCGAAACAAUCAUCAAGUGACAUAAACUGGUGGUGCAAGAAAACCCCACAUCCUGAACCAUGCAAGUUCUUCAUGGGGAACAGCCGCCACCAUUUUGCACCAAGACACAUGUCCGAUUUCCGAAAAAUGGCAGUUGAAGUGGCGAUGGAUCGCGCCCUAAAAGCGCAAAGACACGCGCUCCAGCUCGGCCAAAAUCUUGAGAACAAGAGCCAGAAAGCCGCGUUUUCAGAUUGUUUGAAACUUUACGACAACACCAUUAGCCAACUAAACCGGACCCUUCAAGGCCUAGGCCCCAACCGGAGCUGCUCCGACUUUGACGCACAAACAUGGCUCAGCACGGCCCUGACAAACAUAGAAACAUGCUGGGCGGGGUCCUUGGAAUUAAAUGUUUCGGACACUAUAGUCCCGAUCAUGUCCAAUAAUGUGUCCGAGCUUAUUAGCAAUGGUUUAGCCCUUAAUGGGGUGUAUCUAAACGAAGAAAGUAAAAACCAUGCAUAUGGGUCAUUUCCAAGGUGGGUCUCGAAGCAAGGAAGAAAGCUGUUGCAGUCGUCUUCGAUUAAGGCAAAUGUUGUGGUGGCAAAAGAUGGUUCGGGGAAUUAUCAGACGGUUCAAUCGGCUAUUAAUGCGGCGGUGGGGAGGAGUGGAACUGGAAGAUUUAUUAUAUAUGUGAAGAGAGGGGUUUAUAGGGAGAAUAUCGAGGUUGAUAACAAUAACAAUAAUAUUAUGUUAGUUGGUGAUGGCAUGAGGUAUACGAUUAUCACGAGCAGCCGGAGCGUUGGAGGAGGAUACACCACCUAUAGUUCUGCCACGGCCGGCAUUGACGGGUUUAACUUCAUGGCUCGGGACAUUACAUUCAGCAACACCGCCGGUCCACAAAAGGGCCAAGCCGUCGCCCUCCGGUCGGCCUCCGAUCUCUCUGUCUUCUACCGCUGUGCCUUCCAAGGUUACCAAGACACCCUCAUGGUCCACUCCCAGCGACAAUUCUACAGAGAAUGCUACAUCUACGGCACCAUAGACUUCAUUUUCGGUAACGCCGCGGUAGUCUUCCAAAAUUGCAUUAUAUAUGUAAGGAGGCCACUAAAGGGCCAAGUCAACGUGAUCACGGCACAAGGUAGAAAUGACCCGUACCAAAACACCGGGAUUUCGAUCCACAAUUCUCAAGUUCGGGCCGCACCGGACCUAAAGCCCGUGACCCGGGCAUUCAAAACCUACUUGGGCCGGCCUUGGAUGGCAUAUUCUCGAACAGUUUUUCUUCAAACUUAUCUCGAUAGCUUGGUGAGUCCGGUGGGAUGGCUGGCAUGGGAGAGAUCUAAAUUUGCGCUUACUACUUUGUAUUACGGGGAAUACAAGAAUUUUGGUCCCGCUUCGUCUACCAAAAGCAGAGUGAGAUGGCCUGGAUUUCAUGUCAUUACUACUUCAAAUGUGGCUUCGCGCUUCACCGUCGGGAGUCUUAUUGCAGGGACUUCAUGGUUGCCUGCCACCGGUGUGCCAUUCACGUCUGGCCUAUGAUUAUUCAUUAAUUAUAAUUUAUUUGUUUGGAAGUUCAAUAUUGUUAUUGUUUGUUUUAAUACUGGAUUUUUGUAAAUUAUAAUACAUAUAUUCUUUGAUAA